AUAUGGCCGAAAGCGCAAUAGCAAACACGCACUUAACACUAUCAUCAACUCCAGUUAUGAUUACUACUCAUCAGUCUGAUGAAACUCAACCUGUUAAUGACAUGAUAAUUUCCAAUUUUACAACAACGCAUAUAGGCAUUCAAAAAGUCAUAAAUCUUUUAAAAAUUGCAUCUUUACUAUCAUAUUCAAUAAUAUGGAUUUAUUUAAUGUCCAUAUCUUCACCAUUCAAUAAUUCAUAUUAUCAAGCU